AUGGAGAAGUGUUGUUCAGAGUGUCCAGAGCCCAGAGUGGCUCAGAGCUUGUGCACCUUCUGCAACAAGUGGCUGUGCUUUCAGUGCACUGACAUGCACCAGCACGAGAGACCUUCCACCCACACAGCUGACCUGAACCUCCAGCAGAGGACCAGCAGUCCUCCACUGCCCUCUGAAACAGGAGGCUCUGGUUCUUGCGUGCGUACAGUUAUGUGUUCCCUCCACAAGCAAGAGCCUCUGGAGCUGUUUUGUGAGACAUGUGACCUGAUGGCCUGCAGCAUCUGUCACCUGUCCUCCCACAAGGACCACAGAUUAGUUCAUGUUGGGAAGGCUUUGCAUGAUCAGGCAUGGCUUUUUGAGAACCUGAUGGCCAGAGUGGAAGAGAAGAGGUCUGCUGUAGAGAACCAAGCCAAGCAGAUCCAGGGCAGGCUGCAUGGUGUAAAGAUCACGCAGAGGAAGGCAGAGAACCAGAUUAAAAUGGCAAAGAUGAUUAUGAUGAACGAGCUUAACAAACGGGCCAACCUAUUAAUAGAACAACUGGAGAGUAUCUCCAGCAGUUUCAAACAGCGUCUGGAGGAACAGCUGCAAGGGGCAAUAGAACUAUGUAGCCAGCUGGACCACAUACAGAACUUCAUUACUUGGGCUACAGCCCAUCAUAGGAGGAGCCCACUGCUCUUCAGCAAGGAACUGAUUGCUCUACAGUUGCAGCAUCUGCUGGAGCCUCUGAUUCAUUCUGAUUCAUGGGUUCCGCUGAAAAUCAGGUUCAACUGGGAUGCUAGCUUCUGGACCAAACAGAUCUCAAACCUUGGCCAGCUAAGUGUGACAGGGGGAGGUCAUGCAUACACGGAUGGUGCUGGCCGUCCUGGUAUCCUGAGACCACAGCCUGUAACCUGCAGAUCCCUGCCUUCACUGUGUCACACCAUGCGGGACCAGGGCUGUGCUUUCCAGGCUUACUGCCAGCCCCAGGUCUGCUGCUUGCACUGUGUUCCCACACAAGGCCUGCCUACGGUGCAGCUGGACAAGCCUCUACGGGAACAGAAUUGCUCAGUCAGGUGCUCCCAGACCAGCUGUGGCUCUCCACCUCUGAACAAGCGUUGGGAUCCACAGGGUCCUUCACUGCUUCUUCCAUCUACAGGGCAGCGUCUCCAACAGGUUACCAACCUCCCUGUGACCAGUUCUAUCCAGCUUAGCCCCAGCAGCGCCCCUGGUGAGCAACUAUCUGCUCAAGUUCCUGCCAGACAACAGGACUUUGAGCGGGUACCUGAAAACCCAGAGCUACCUCAGGGUAAUGGGAGCACCAGAGAGCAGAUGCCUGAACAGACCCAGACAGGAACCCAUAUGCAGGCCCAUUCACCUCAGAUACCUAGAGAAGCGGAGAACUCGUCAAACAGGGAGCAGACCCGUACAGUUGAGCUCGGUACUAAACGACAGGCUCAGAUGCAGCUGGCACUGGUGGAACAGUUGCAUGCAGACUGUGGGCUUAGCAGGAGAUCCUCUGAGGUGGAGAUGCACGCUCUGACUCAAGAUGGUAGUCAUGAUGCCCAGAGCAGGCCUGGUCCAGUGAGGAGGACAAAGUCCCAGAACAGCUCAGCAGAACUAUCCUUACCACACAAGAGCAGUUCUAAGAACAGACUCACUGGGGCUACCUACAGCCCAGCAACAACUGCCGAGGAUGGAGAUUAUGCUGCACAACAGGUUUCAAAGGCUCCUGUAAGCUCUAAGGUUCCAGUAGUGUGUCUGGAGCGACUGAAGAUCCUUGGGUCCAGAUUUCCGUCCCAGAUACAGCCUCCCACGGAUCCUGGGCUGAAAUUUGAGGGGACAGUCUUAAAGGAGCUUGAGAGGGGCCAUAUAACUGAGAGAAUGUCUGGUGAGGACAUGAUACGGGAGGAUGAGGACAUCUUCUCACCAUUACAACAGCUUCCAUUAGAGCACAUGGACCACAGCACGUCACCUGCUUCCCUGGAGGUCCCCAUCUCCUCAGAGCAGGAGAGUUAUAGCAUAGAGUCUACGUCACUUGCUCCAUCCCCUGAUCCUGAAGACACUGAUCCUGAAUUACCACACACAUCUGACCAGGAACCCUCAUCUGAACCCAGAUCAGUACCAGCAUCUGAUUCCCUGGUCACAACAGAGGUCGACCCAGGCUCAGAAAUAGAUUUGGAAUCUGUGUUCCAGCAGGAAUCAGACCUUCAAAGUUUUGAGUCAGAACCACAAGCAGAAGGUGACUCUGAUUCGGAGUCAGAGCAGGGUGCUCAGUCUGCCGAUUCAGAGGCAGAUCUGGUGUCAGAGGCAGAUUCCACGGCUGAGGUUACUAUCCGUCUUGACCCAGGGAGCAAAUGGGAGCCGGAUCAGAGGUCCCUACCUGCAGUUUCUGCUACGGAAGCUGUUUGUGAGAAUGCUGCGACAGAUCAGCCUUUAGCUGAGGCUGUGGAGAUGGAAAAUGAGGAUUUCUGUGCUGUGUGUCUUAUUGGUGGAGAGCUUCUGUGCUGUGAUCGCUGCCCUAAAGUUUACCAUCUGUCCUGUCAUGUGCCUGCUCUCCAAAACUUCCCCACAGGUGACUGGGUCUGCACCCUGUGCAGGGAUGUUGAGCAGCCAGAGGUAGAGUAUGACUGUGAGAGUGACCAGCUGUCCACAAAUACAGCAUCCUAUGGAUUGUCCGCCUGUGACCGGAGAAAGUGUGAGAAACUUACUCUGUUCAUCUACAGCAACAUCCUCAGUGCACCCUUCCAUGAGCCUGUCAGUCCACUGGCCCGUCACUAUUAUCAGAUAAUUAAAAAGCCCAUGGACCUAUCAGUCAUUCGGAGUAAACUCAGUAAAAACAGCCAUUCUCACUAUAACUCACCGGAGCAGUUUGUGGCUGAUAUCCUACUGAUGUUCAGGAACUGUGCAAAAUUCAAUUAUUCAGACUCAGAGGUGGCUCAGGCGGGGCGGAGUUUGGAGGCAUUCUUCAGAUCCAAACUGAGAGAGGUAUUCCCAGAGCUCGGCUUCUCUGCAGGGCAGGACUCGGACAGUGAGGAGUGCGAUGAGAUGGACAGGCCAGGUGAGACGGGCUUCCCCUGGCCUGAGAGGAGAGAGCAGAGCCACAGGAAAAGAAAGAGGAGACACUCCCUCAACUGGAGAAAGCACCAGUCUUAA